UCACGACGCAAAGCGUCCCUGCGUCCCUUCGUUUUAGCGAUUGUGAUUGGCUGAAUGACUAGCGCGGUACAUUUGGUAGAGGAGGGUAUGUUUACUAAGCAGCAAGCUAGCUAAAGCAAAUUAGCACACUUUUCUACCACACGACUGAAGUCAUUUAGAAUUAAAUAAAUUCACACAACUGACAGCUUCAUGCCGGCUAACUGCUAUGUCAGGAAUAAGAUGUUCGGUGAAAUCUCUGGCGGAGUUUCAAGCUUCCUCCAGACCAGCACAGGUGAUCUGGUUUGGGACGGAGCCGGAGGCUGUCUUCAGCAACGGAACCAGCCGGCUGUUCAUCUGCAGUAGUUUAGAGCGGGGCGUGACGGAGACUCGCGGGUUCCCUGGUGCAGUCACACAGCUGGUCGGGAGCUCUGACGGGCGCGGUGUGUAUGCUCUGAUUGAGCACGACGGGGUUUACUACACACCUCUUCCACAGUCGCCCAGUCCAGGGGUUGCCAGCUCCAGUCCAGGCUCUGUCAGGGUGCGCUCUGAGUCCUGUGUGGUGAGGGACCACCAGGUCCGUUCAUUCCUGGUGACAGAGAGGGUUCUGGUGACCGUGGCGCUCAGGGGCGGGUCCUGGCAGUUUGGGCUGUAUGAGAUCCAGGGCCAUCCCUCGCCUUGCUACCGCAGACUGGCGGAGCUCAGCGUUCCGGCACUCUCCGACGCAGUGGCACGAGCUGACCACCAGAGGGCGCCGCCCGUGCUGAGCUGUGUGCGAGCGCAGGGCGGGGGGGCCGGGGCAGCCGGCGGCCAUUUUCUCCUGGAGCUCGUCCUCUUCCGCCUGCUGUUCGGCGUGGACGUGUCCCUGCUCUCCUCUCCCAUGAUCCUCUGCGGCCUGCCAGACGGGCGGCUCUGCUGCCUGCCCCUGCUGCUCCCCGGGGGGCCGGGGGUCAGGGGUCAGUGCUGCGGGGUCAGGGUGCUGCACAGCCUGGAGCAGCCAGUCGUGUUCCUGGGGGGCGGGCCCUCGUGCCUGGUGGGGGUGGGGCGGGGCGGAGCACUGCUGCAGGUUCGGGUGGGGGAGGGGCCGGAGGGGCCGGUGCUCAGGUUCGAGGAGCGGAGGGUUCCGGGGCCGGUGGACUCCCCCCCUCCCGCCACUCAGCCCCCCCUCAGCCUCAACGUCACCGCGGUAACGGGCCUGGCCACGCCCACACAGAACCCCUCAGGUGCGGUGCAGCUGCUGUGUGUGUCCCAUAAGGGGAGACUCCUCCAGGUGAUGUUACCUCAGCAGACAGACAGGUGUAGUGUGCCCCAGGUGUCUGCAGCUCAGGUGGGCCAGAGAAUCAGAGACCUGCUCAGCAGCAUCAGCAGUGUGGCAGACAGAGGGUCGUCUCUGGAGAGCAGUAUCCAGACUAAGAGGACAGCGCUUCGCAGCCUGAACCACGUGCUCAACAUUUGCAGCCUGCUCCGGCCCAAUCAGCACUCUGGAGACGAAGGCACCACCCGGCAGCAGCCAAUCAGGUGCCGCGUAGCGGCCAGCUGGGUCAGCCUGCUCCGGGACACGGUGCUGUUGAGCUGUGUUCUGGAGAACUCCAGCACCUUCCUUCUGGAGUCGGGCUGGGCUCUCUGUCUGCAGCUGGCAGCUCUGCCUCACGCCCCACACACAGCGGGACCCCCUGCCCAGACCUACACGUUCCCUCUGAAGGCCCUCUCUCAGGGCCGCGUGGAGGUGCCUGUGGCCCUGGAGGGCGAGGGCGGGCUGGGCCUGCCCCUGACCGUCCGGAGCUGGCUGGUGUACUCUCUGCAAGGCAUGCUGGGAUUGCGAGGUGCCGAGGCGGCUGGGGGUGACUGUCUAAGCCUGGAGCUCGACUCUCUGACCCUCGACUGGCUGGACUGUCUGCCCCUGCAUGGCCCAACAGGUCCCAGUGCAGGUCCCAGUGCUGCUCCCAGUGCUGCUCCCAGUGCUGGUUCUGGGUCGGGUUCCGGGUCGGAUCUGGUCAGGACCUUCCUGAGCUCUCGGAGGGCGGGGCGUCGGCAGGCUGGGGGCGUGGCUGCGGGCGGCCCAUUUGCGGUGUCGGUCAGGGUUUCCUCCGCGAUGCUGAAGGGGAUUCUGGGAAUGGACCCGGCCCCCAGCUCCCUGCUGGCCUGGCUGCUCUCUGGGCCUGGGAUCGAGAGGUCAAGACGGGGUCAGGGGUCAGGAGGAGGUCAGGGGUGUGCCACAGUGUGCGCCCGUGGUCUGAGGCUGACCGCCAGAGAGGUGAGUGUGGGCCAGGUGUGUGCAGGAGGGCCGGUCUGCGCUGUGGAGCUGAGGGUGGACAGCGCCUCCCUCAGGCUGCUCUGUGGACUGCACCACGCCCUACUUCACAGACUCCAGGUUCUGUUUAAGGAGGUUGCCAUGACAACGGAGCCCACCCUGCAACUGCAUGGACAACAGCUCCAACAAGUCUUACUGCAGGCUGAGGCUCUGUGUGAGGAGGUGCGGGGGGCCCUCGCACCUGCAGCCCUGGGCGUGGCCCAGUCUGAGAGCUCCACCCACAAACUGAUCAAGACCUAUCAGCGUCUGCGAGAGGGCCUGCUGCUGGCCCUGUGAGACACAGCGCCCCCUCCAGGACUGGAGUUAAACCUGCAGACACAGCGCCCCCUCCAGGACUGGAGUUAAACCUGCAGACACAGCGCCCCCUCCAGGACUGGAGUUAAACCUGCAGACACUGCGGCCCUCCAGGACUGGAGUUAAACCUGCAGACACUGAGACCCUCCAGGACUGGAGUUAAACCUGCAGACACUGCGGCCCUCCAGGACUGGAGUUAAACCUGCAGACACUGAGACCCUCCAGGACUGGAGUUAAACCUGCAGACACAGCGCCCCCUCCAGGACUGGAGUUAAACCUGCAGACACAGCGCCCCCUCCAGGACUGGAGUUAAACCUGCAGACACAGCGCCCCCUCCAGGACUGGAGUUAAACCUGCAGACACUGCGGCCCUCCAGGACUGGAGUUAAACCUGCAGACACUGAGACCCUCCAGGACUGGAGUUAAACCUGCAGACACUGCGGCCCUCCAGGACUGGAGUUAAACCUGCAGACACUGAGACCCUCCAGGACUGGAGUUAAACCUGCAGACACAGCGCCCCCUCCAGGACUGGAGUUAAACCUGCAGACACAGCGCCCCCUCCAGGACUGGAGUUAAACCCGCAGACACUGCGGCCCUCCAGGACUGGAGUUAAAUCUAUUUUGUAAAAUGCUCUUGGAGUAUAACCAUAACCCUGAGUAACUGCUUACCUGCCAGCUUUGUACAGAUUGUGGAAUUUCCCUGAU